AUGGGCGUCCCAGAGAUUAAUGCCGCCGCACCAGAGGCCAAGACCUCCGAUGGUCGCACUGCGGUGAUCAAGGUGCAAAAUGAAGACGAAUUGCGUCUGGCUCAGAUGGGCCAUAAACAGGAAUUGAAGCGCCAUUUCUCGGUCUGGAGCUUGAUCGGCUUGGCUGCAAACUGCACAAUUUCUUGGACAGGUCUUGGAUUGGGAUUGAUCACAGCGAUCAACGCCGGCGGGCCUGGUGCACUUAUCUACGGAUUUAUCCUCGUUUUUAUUCUGCAGUCGUUUGUCGGGGCCUCGCUCGCCGAAUUCGUCUCGGCAUACCCGACCGAGGGAGGAAUGUACCACUGGAUCGCGGCCAUCGCCCCAAAGCGCUAUAAUAGUGUGUUGAGCUUUGCAACGGGAUGGUGCACGGUUUUUGGCUGGAUCUUUACGACCGCGUCAACGAAUUUGAUCUAUGCUACGACUGUUAUGGCAUUGAUUGCGCUGUACCACGAGGAUUUGGUCAUUCAACCCUGGAUGACCUUUGUUGCGUACCAGAUUCUGAAUAUAUUUACGUCUGGAAUUGUCAUGUUCGGAAACAAAUUCAUUCCGAUGAUCAACAAAUUUUCUUUGGUUUACCUACAGCUCGCAUGGUUUAUCACGAUGGUCACGGUAGCUGCCGCGGCUCCGAACCAUAAUGAUAGCAAGUUCGUCUUUAGAACAUGGAUUAAUAAAACCGGCUGGGAAAAUAAUGCCAUGUGCUUCAUUACUGGACUGGUCAAUCCCUUAUACUCCUUGGGAGGACUGGACGGAAUAUCGCAUAUCACUGAGGAAAUGCCCAAUCCUGGAAGAAACGCUCCUCUCGGACUCGCAAUUACACUCUCAAUCGCAUUCGUGACCGGUGUCUCGUACUUGCUCAGCCUGAUGUUCUCCGUCCAAAACUACAACUCCCUGGCCGAUACGCCAACCGGCCUCCCCUUGGCUGAAAUCUUCUGGCAAGCAACGUCAACCAAGGGCGGUGCCUUUGGCCUCAUUUUCAUGAUAUGGAUCGCUCUCGGCCCCUGCGUGAUUGGAUCUCAACUGAGCACUGGGCGCGUUUUCUGGGCCUUUGCUCGGGACGAGGGUCUCCCUUUAUCGAGAGUUUGGGCGCGCGUCCAUCCCCGUCUGGGCUCCCCGCUGAAUGCCCAGCUCUGCGUGGGCGUCAUUAUCGCUCUUCUGGGCUGCAUUUACUUGGGAUCCACGACAGCAUUUAACUCGAUGAUGAGUUCCGCAGUAACCGUCAACAAUCUCGCCUACCUGGUUCCGAUUUUAACAAAUGUUCUCCUGCGCCGCAAAACGAUGCAUGCAGGCCCAUUCCACAUGAGCCAUGCCGUCGGCAUGAGUGUAAACAUCAUUUCCGUGUUGUGGCUUGUCUUUGCGAUCGUAUUCUUCUCUUUCCCCUUCGAGAUGCCGGCGACAGUCUCAAAUAUGAACUACACCUGCGUUGUCGUUGGUGGAUUCCUCAUCUUGGAACUGUGCUGGUGGUUGAUUGCGGGCAAGAAAUACUCCCAAACUGUCCAGCGCGCCCGCGAGGAGGAACACAAUGCUGCCAUGAUUGUCGAGGCGUCAAGCACGGAUUCUGGGCCGUGA